CCGAACUAUUGCAUUGCACUUGUCUGUACAGUAUAUCAGUCAAGUAUGGAGUGGUUGUGCGUGUCACUGUCCAUUGAUGACAGUUCUCGGCAUCUCGUUAAACUGUUAUAAUGAUAGACAGAAAAACAUGAAUAGCACGGCAGAAUUUCAGUGUGCUUUACAUCCAAGUCCUCCCAAUAAAGUACAUAAAACCAUGAAUAAUAAUUCUUAAUUUGGUGGAAGGAAAGAAAAGAAGAAAACAGCAUCAUCAUGGAGUAUGAAAUGAACAAUGUUACAGUCUCAUCUUUCCUUGCUAUUGAGCCAGCCUUCUGGAAUUAUACCGAUCAUGUCAUCUUGGAUGAUCUUAAGAUGGACAGCAACUUUAUAUGGUUGCUAUGUUCAUUAGUAUCUGCCAUAUCUUGGAUUAUUUAUAUUGCCUAUUAUAACAGCAGAGUGACUGGUUAUGUAUUGACAAAAUUGUUAAAUCGAUUUGUUAUUAGAGAUGGAUAUGUUAAAGUUGGAUCUUUCACACUGAAUGCUCUAAGUGGGAAGAUAAUGUUUAGAGAUAUAGUUUAUAUUACAACAGAUUAUAGCUUAAGAAUUCAAGAUGGUUGGCUUAUAUUUAGAUGGUGGAGGAGCUAUGUCCCUAAAGAUGUGUCUGAAGAUCUUUCGCAUUCCGACACCCGACUGUCGGUUAUGUUAAACGGCUUCGAAUUGCACGUUUAUAAUCGCUGUCAACUUUAUGCACAAUUGGAGAAAAUGUUUGGUCUUACGCCGCAAAUGUUUUCGGACGAGGCAAGUCACAAUGUGAACAUUGACGACCGAGAUGGCGAGACUAUGAGCAACGCGGCCAACGAAACUCGCCACUCGCAAAUCAACGCGAUAGACGUGUCGCGUCAUGUGGACAACAUCAGGAAGAAAGAGGCUCACGUAAUCGCGCGUACCUGGAGAGACCUGAUACCGGUUAUCAAGUUGGACAUUUGCACAGGAAGGCUGGUAUUCGGUAAUCGACUGGUACCAACUACGUUAUCGAUUACCGUGGAGGAGGCGCAUUUUGUGUAUUCCACGAAGCCAGCUGCGUCCAGGCACGACCACUUCAUGCACUUCACCAAAUGCAAGGCGGAGAAUUUCAAAGUUAUCUUGGCGCCUAGCCCGAAAUACACCGGUAUGGUGGACGAUCCGCCUAGAUACAUGGGGGAGGGCUUCGUUGUUUUAAGUUCGAACAAUAUGGAAGUGUAUUAUUACAUGGACGAGUCCGGUGUUGUACCGGAACAUCCCGAGAUGAUACAACUGGUGAACGGAGACAUGGUCGAGGCGAUGCCCCCCAUAUGGGGCAUCGAUAUCAAAUGCGGCAAGGGCACAGAUUUUAGUUACGGCCCUUGGGCUGACAGGCAACGCGAGCAUUUGUUUAAGUUCUUCUUUCCCAACGACUAUCAGUCGCUGAAAGUCACGAAAUCACCUAUUCCCGGGGACAAGAGACAAGUUCAAUCGUUCGAUAUCAGGUUGUCGACGCUGAACGAGGCGACGAUCGACAUACUUUUCAGCAAAAACAGGGAAACCAAUGCUGUUCACGUUAACGUGGGGCCAGGAUCGUAUUUGGAGAUCACAAUGCCGUGGAUAGUGCUACAGGACGGAUACACCACGAAGAUAACGGGUCAACUGCUGCAUCUGGAAGCGACAACUAGCCUGCAGUAUCGGAGUUUGGUGGAGAGUGAAACUCUAGAGUUUAGUGUAAAGUGUCACUAUCCCAUCAGAUGGAACGACCAUCAGGAAUGGACGCUGAACUUAACCGGAUGCAAAGCAACCGCCAGCUUGGUUUAUUCGCACAAAGACUUCUUCCAAGACAUGAUCAACGACUGGGCGAGCAAGUCGAGACCCGACAUUCUGCAUUUCGUUCCGUACACAUGGAAGUUCGGUCUGCUUCUGAAGGAAUUCGAACUGAUCACCGUCUGUAACGAGUACAAUUGGAUCGAUUGCUCGUCUCAGAACCAGGAGAACGCGCACAUCGCCUUCUGUGGGGAGUUCUUCGACCUAUCGUUCGAUCUUCCAUUUGUGGACUUUCUGCCAGUCACGAUACCUCUGCGCUUUUGGAUUCAAGGGGAGAGCGUUGAUCUUUCCUUCUACUUGCCAGAGGUUAAUACCAAUCGCAUCAUUCUAUUAGCGUUAGACAAGAAUGCGAAAAUCAUGACUCGCGACGGGUCUCACAAGCACUUGCACGAACUGAAUAGGGGCAAGAAGUGGCGGAAUUUUUGCCAAAAGGAAGCAGGCUGGGUGGACUGUUGGUCUGUACCAAUCGUAGCUCUAAGUAUCAAUUAUACUUACCACCCGUGUCCACCUCUGGGUCCUACACCGCAAGCCAACAUAACGACGCCAGAGAAGGAAGAGAUCCUCUUGUCUCCUAUGCGAAUCCCCAAGUGCAGAAAGUCGCCGGGCCUGCAAUGGGCGAGAAACGGCACGCAAAAAUUCGACCCGCAGUCCAUAGCGUCCGAUAAAGUUAGUCUAGAACUCGAGAUUGGACCAUCCAUAUUAAUCUUGUAUGGGUCUCUGCUGAAGAAUUUCAUGCACCUGAAGGAGAAUCUGUUCGGCGAUUAUCAAGCGUUCACCGACAUGCAGCAAAGUAGAACCAGCUCUGCGUCAGUGAACGCGGAGAGAAGCAAGGACAAAGAUGUACAAAAUAGUAGCAUCGAGGCGUCCAUGGAGGACGAGGAGAUCAAAACCAAGCCGUUCGACCCGAGGGAUUACAGGCCGCUGGAGGUGACUGUUGGUGUUACCAUGCACGACAUACAAGCUCAUCUCAUCAAGAAUUGCAACGAAAAUGAUCCACCGUGCCCGGUCAUACUUCUGGAGCGCUUUGGAUUCGAGAUGAGGAAAGGCUACAAGGAGACUGAACUCCAGCUCUUGCUCUCCCCCGCUAUCGCUUUGGUCACGGACAACGUAGCGAGGUCCGGCAAGGAACAUCAUCUGAAACAGGGUCACCUCAUGCUGAGCGCGCUGCAAGUCAGGGGUCACGCCAUGUUCAGCAACGAGGGAAGGAGUCUGGACCAAGAAACAUUGGAGUAUGCGUGGCUGAUCGAGGUGCAGCUGGGCAAACUAAGCGGCAAGAUCACUUCCCCUCAGUUACACCAUUUCGUCACGUCGCUGGAGACUUUUUUAUUGAUGGCGAAGAACACUGAGAACGCUUUGCGGCCGCCUAAUUUGCCGUUCCAUUGUCACCAUGGUCUUCCUCCGUUGCAGUGUCCGGAGAGCGAUGUCGAUAAGCAUUAUAGAUGUCCGAGUUCUGAGGAUAUUAAGUAUAGAAUGACAAGACUGUCCAUAGAUGCUGUUGAUUUAUAUUUCCAAGAAGUGGGUACUGUCAUACAAUUCUGGAUAUCUCCGAUCCGUGUUUCCACAUGUAAUCUCCAUGGACAUCAGGUGAAGUCGGGCGUCACCGCCGUUUUACCUACGAUAUUGAUUCGGCAAUUUGUGUCUGCAGCUGAUUACUUUGCAAAUACAAGCAAUACUAAUACAACCGGCAGCGGGAGAUCUCAUAAUAAUGCAAGCAGUCGCAUGUCAGGAGAUGGAUCAGAUAUAUGGCUCGAAGUGGGGUCAGUAUCUUUAGGUCCUGUCAUCUUAGAAGCCGCAAUCUCUCUUCCAACACCAGAGCACAAUUUGCACUUGGUACAAAAUAAGUAUUUAAAGAUGCACGACGAGGCGACGAAACGUUUGUGGUUUCUCUGGCCGCAGGAGAGCGGCGUCAAGUCGACAAAGUGCGGCUGCAUCGGUGGUUGUGUGUUUUUUGGCAAUAAUCGAAAUGGACCAAGAUUUUUCAAGCCGAGCUACCAUGAUCUUCAAGAUGGUAUCAAUAUUGCUGCCUACAGAAUUCACGAGCCUGGUAAAGAAAAAGGAUUUGGACAGUCGAUCUUGCACGAUGGUCAAUUGGUGUUUCACACACCACCGUACAGCUUGCAGGACGUGUCUUUGCAGGACGUAUAUUAUCCUGUCACAGGAUUGAAAGUGACAGUCAGCCAAGAUGGCUCGCAAACUACGAAGAAGGGCGCCGAACGGCCGCGAUCUGUGACCGAUCACAGCAAGGAAGAAAACAGUAGUACAAAAUUAAACGUUACUUCCGUAAGCCCGCUGAUAUCGAGUGCGGACAGGAAACCGUUGGACAGGAGAUUUUCUUAUACAUCGAUGCGUGGACCAAAUGUGAAGGACGUACCGUACUCACGGUUGAUCGAUGCUAGUCCCGUAGCCCAGUUACCCCAGAAAUUGGACUCUGACUCGAAACUGAACGCGGAACGCAGCAAAUCCAUUCUGAGCGUACCCGAGAUCGAGGCUGCGCCGAAGAGCAGUGUAUCCGACUCCAAAUUGGCUGUGGAUUAUUUCAAUGCAACGGAGAACGCAGAAAUGCUCGAAUCGAGCAGCCCGCAGUCUUUGCCCAUAGUGCCGACCGAUUUCAAUCUCUCCGGGUCUAUACAAUUAACCACGAAGGACGGCGAGGGUGUGAACGUGUCGGAUUCUCAUCAUUCGUUGUACAUAAGAACAAGCUCAGAGGAGAGGCUGAAGCAAGAGGUGCAACGUACGAUAUCCAUGUCGUCUGAGAAUCACUCGGAAGCGUUCUAUUCCGCCGACGAAGACAUGAGUCACGGAUUAAGCGGCAGCCGGACGUCCAGCUUGCGCCAGUCCAUCGUCGGUUCCGGUUGCGUCUUGAAUCGCAACGACAGCAUCAAGAAGAAAUUCUCGUCGGACUUGUCAAUCGUUGAGAGCUCGGCGAACGUGACUCUCUCGGUGGCGGAUAAGGCGCAUACGUUGGAAAGAGCGAAGACGCAGAUCCUGAGUACAAAGCGGAGUCCAAGGAUCAACAGAAACGCUAGUUUCCAUAAAGAGAUCGAUCAAGCCGAGAAUGGCGGUUUGCAAGACUCCUCGGAUAGUCAUUCGGUGUCAUCCACCAGCUUCAUUUCCGCUGUAUCGUCGCAGGAGGACGUCACGCUGGUAAACUUGCAUAUGCAAGUGAACAAACCCAUCGUGGACUCGCCGUUGCUAAUGUCCAGCUACGUCAGUCACUUGACGCAGGUGCGUUGUUCGAAUUGGAACCAGUCGUCGUUACCUGCGGGCGGCGAUGCGUUUACUACCCCGGUGUUCCAACGUGCAGACGACGGCAGGUUGGUCUACAUCGGUGGGCGAUACGUACCGAAACUUGACACGGUCACGGAAGGCUUCACAUCGUUGAAAAUGAUAACGCGCUCCGACGGCUCGCCCGUAGCGAGCUCAUCCAACAAGACUCCUACGCAUCCUUACUUAUGGGACGAUGCGUCGUUGAAUCAGACGGAAGGUGAGAACGACAACGCGAUGCACGGUGAAGAGGAGUUAUUGGCGAUAUUGAACGAAACCGGCUCUCGUACGACGGUGAUCGUGAAAUUUAAAGGAGACGUCGACAUCAUGCUGAGUCCUAUGGUGUUGGAGUCGCUUCAGCGCUUCAUCGACAGCAUCAUACCGACGUUGGGCACACUGCAUCCCUUGACGAUCCUCAACCACCUCCACAACGAGUGCAUAGGUAAAGUGGAAGACGCGAACAUCCUGAAGCAAGACCAGAGCUUGUCAUACUGGAGCCAAGUGCAAACCAGCUCGAAACGGUCCACAGCGGAGAGGAAUAUAAAAAAUGGUCAAGGCAAGAUCGCGUUGCAAACCAACGUUUACGAGGAGAGCAUCACCACGCAGGUGCAAGGCAGUAUUAUCUUGCCAAAGCUGAACCUAACGCUGCUGCAAGCAUCUGUUAUUGAGGAAAUCAUAUCAUUCUCCGCGUUGGAGAAUAUCCGCGACUUGACGUGCGUGUCGUUGUUCGCGAUAUGCCUGGACGACGUCACUGCUCGGUUCUACCUGGGGAAACAAGCUCGAGAGGUUGUUCAAACCUUUCAUAAGCCAGCUGCGUUACCAAACCAGAAGAAGGUGAACAAGAUCAGCAAAGCGUUUCUGCCUGGACAUCAAACCACCGCGGUGGUAGCUGAUAUGGGCGGAGGAGAGACGGUGUACAUCGAAACGUCGGAAAAGCAGCAGGAGGAGAUCAUAGUCACUUUAAAUAUUGGCAAAGCGCAUUCUCAAUUAAGAAGGUUGAGGAACGAAUCUUCAAUAUUGAAGGACGCAGUGAUAACCGCUAUACCUGCGCACUAUUCUAAAGUGUUGUUUACCUGCACCAGGAUGACGUCGCCGUUAAAGUGCGUCGAUUACUAUUUGCACCACCUGAUUGAUGAGAAGGAGAAGCAAAAUAAACAAACCGGACCGCCACAAGCUACCGAGGAAUUCACUAUGGGAUGUGGAGAGGAUAGACUAGGAUUCAUCAUGUUCGAGUGCGGUUUGGAAGGAAUUAAAUUGAAGGUAGUGAAGAGGUCUCAGUUUGAGAAGGGAGAGAACGGCGACUGCGACAAGAAGAAUGAUAAUGAGAUAUUCUGCACGGACAGUGUCAAGAGUCAAGAAGAAUUAGAUAACACUGCUGCGUCCACGACAACUGCCGCGGAAGCGGAAGCGAAGCCAGCGAAGCCAGCGAAUCCAUCUACGGGCACGCAAAUGAACAUGAGCGCAACAUGCACCAGUCUCACGUCCAAAGUAGCAAACGGCAAUACCGUGUCGUGCGUAAUCGAGCUGAAGACAGUGUGGUUCAAUUUCGCCGCUCCACCGCGCACCCCGAUAACAAGGAAAAUCGACUAUACGAGACUCGAUUGGAACUUGCUCAGCACUGCCUCACCGGCGAUAAACGCCUGGAUGAAUCCCAGCAACAAGUUUGCGAUCCGAAUCGUCCAUAUGUUCAGGACUAUGUACCGAAGAUCCACCGCGAUCGUCGCCUGUCUUAUGGCAGAGGCGUUGGACGUGCAAGGACUCCACAUGCCUCAGAAGAGUCGUUACGGUAGAUUAACGCCGCUGGCGAAAACGCUGCAGGAGGAUCCCUCUUGCCAGUUGUGCAGCAUAUUGCAGAAUUACGUUCUGCUGUCUGAAAUCGCAAAUAUUGAGGCCAACUUGAAGGAAUCCGAUCUGCCGCUUCUCUCCACACUCCGACAGGGAGUCAUUGUAUUGAGUAGACAGUGGAAGAACGUGCUCUACACACCGUUAUUAUUGGAACAUAAUUACAAAACUAAGCACGUUAAACCGUUGAACGUUACUUUCGCUGUGUCAGAUCCGGAUGAGGAGAAUCUGUUGACGGACGGGGAAGGUAGCGCAGGAGAUGUUGAUGAUCAGGAAGUGACAGAUGAAUGUGCUAUGCUCAUCCAUGCGGACCACAUGCACAAACAUAUACAUAUCAAAGGUGGACAAGAUAAAACACCAGGUAUGUGUGGUGAUGGUUUGACGGUUCCUGUAAGUUCUCCUCGCGGGAAAGACACGACCCCCUUAGCAACACCGGUUCCAGGCCCGGAUUCAUUUACCUCUCCCUCUCCACCCGUAGCUCUUUCAAAGAGAGGAAAAACGUUGCAACCAACGCAAGUGCCUGCUAGUACACGUGCAAGUAUCGUUUUCCCAUUGCUCACAAGUGGUGGGCUGUUCAGUCAAACACGAGAACCGAAUAACAUAAGUUACGGAACACUCAGAGAAGAGAAGACUCCACAGAUUCAUAUUUCACAUUCGCACCAACUUGGUUCCAAUCCUAGCAUUUAUUCCGGAGGUUUAGGUCACGGCAGCCAACACAGUACUGGCAGCUUGGAUCAAGUGACAUCUCCCACAAGUCAUUCCACUAAACCUAUAAAUACAGGGGAAGAUCUGUACAGUUGGAUGGCGAAACAGCAAGAAUUCAUAAAGGACAAUGACAAAGGAAACUUGAAAGGAAAUUGGGUCUUUCGUACAGAGCAAAAAUCCACGAAGGACUCCAAGAUUAAUACCAUGACUACUGAUGACACCGAAGAUUCCGACAUUCAAAGCGGCGCUUUUCUGUAUCCCAUGAAAGACUCUCUACGAUUGUUGGAUGCACAUCUGAUUUUCGAGCCGCUUCUGUCGUCCUUGUCAGUCAUGCCACAGCAGAUGUUAUCCGUUAUCGGGUCAGGGAACGUAAAUAAUAUGUCUUCCUUGGACUCGUUAGGCUCGAAUUUGUCUCUCGUUGGCAGUAUGGAUACUAUGCGCAUCGACAUAGUCGUCAGCGAAUUUGGAAAAGUAACGGAUAAGAAGAAAAAUAACAAGUAUCAAGCAAGAAAAGGAAACAACUCUAAAUUCUACCUCGACAUACCGCCGGAAACUCCAGCCUUCUUAUGCGAGAGAAUCGGCAUAGAUAUAGACGUUAAGAAGAUGGCCGAUAUGACGGUGGACGACAUGAUACAGAAGCAGAACGUUCUGUACAUAUCUAGAGGCCAACUGAAGAAACACACUAGCACAGUAGUAAAUAUCAGUCUGAAUAUCCGGUACAUAAGCCAGCAGGUGAACAUGCCUCUCCUCAGGCUGUUACAUCAGAUAAGUAACAUGUAUCAGAAUGUGAAAGAAACGCAAAUGGAGUUGAAGGAACAGCAGCCGGAAGGGAAACGCAACACCAACAUAAUCGUCAACGAUGUCGCUGCGAAGAACGGCUCGUCGUCAACGUCCGAUCUGCAGGAACAGUUCCUCGUUGGCGGCAAGAAGGUCGAGGCCCCGUUGCUUCGCAGCAGCUUCGAGCCGAACCAGUCGAAGAUCCUCCCGGGUGCGACCGUGCGAUCUCGGCCGCAGAGCUUCGCGCAAAAAUUGCGCAGCACUGGCAAAAGCGUAAAGGGCUACAUCAAUCUGAGCGAGGGUGUCAUUACACCGAGCUUUGGGGCGAGUCCCAGCGGUUCUGGGCUGGACAAGUUCACGGUGAUAUCGGACAAGUACAAGGACAGCGCGCAUUUGACACCGCGUUGCUGGAAGACUAUAUACUACCUGCUGGAUCUAUACGCGACUCGACCAGAGACAAAAACCAUCACUCACCGGUUCUCGAUACCCGCGGAGGCUGCGGAACAUUACAAGAGCGGUAGGAAAUACGAGAUCUUGAACGAGACUAAGGACGCUGAUGUCGAGAAGGGCAUGAACGAGAACAGCUCGACGCCUGUCCCUCCAUCCAGAGAAUUGAACAUCGUGACGGGUGAGAGGACGCGGCUGAUCAUCUUCGGCGUUGCGAGAAUCCACAGGACCAGAUUACUGGCCACUCUGAGCGGUCUGAAGCUCGAAGCUGAGAUCACCAGUCUGCACGCCAGCUUGACUUGCCGCAAGAAGUCACGACCCGCGAGUCUGGAGUGCAGCAUGACUGGACAAAUCGGGAGAACCAUGAUCGUCCUGCUGGAGGGUGUCGCGCCUAGCCAACAGACGGUCGUGAAGGUCACUGUUGGAAAGUCGCAGGCUCUGUAUUCCAGUAUUACGAGACGUCAGAAGGACAAGAACAGCGGCCUGCUGACCGUCGGCGCUGUGAAUAUCGAUAUACCUCAGCACCCUGUGGCCUUGCACGGAAUGAUGACCAGGGGCAGCAAGCAGUUGUCGUCAACUUUGCAAGAGCUCAGAGUCACCAGAACGUCGUCGAGAAUGUCGCGGGGGCAACAGCAAGACGAGGUAGACGCGGCUCCGGGCAGUCCGCAUCAUUACGCGCCAGCUCCCUCGAUAGACGUGGAGAAGCCGCAGGCGGUGUCCGGCCUUUUGGAGCCUAUCGUCAUGCAAUUCCAUAUUAUACUUCAGAGUCUGAGCAUCACCGCGGCAUUGUUACCGUCCCUCCAAGCGCAGUACAAGAUGGAUCAGGUGAACAGUUCUGGCAUAACGGGUAGCAAGGCCAAGUUCACCAUAGACUUGCCUCAUCAUAACCUGAGUUUCACGACAAAGUUGCAAGUGACAGAGGCGAAUUUACCGUCCGAGGCUAGCAUCGAGCUGCCUAAAGUACACGUUUCGGCUGAGUACAUUCAAGAUGGUAGCAGCAGCUUGAACGACAGUAAAUUGGCAGAUGGGGUCGUGUUACGUCAGGGUAGCUACCUCAGCGCAACCGCGGAUAUCGGAGUGUUCGAGCACUCCUUGACGACGGAUCUCUUGAAUCACUUGGUGUUCGUACAGAAGGUAUUCAUGAAGGAGGUGAACGAGGUGGUGCAGAAAGUCUACGGGGGCGAGAAGCCAGUGCCUUUGUGGCUCGAGGACGAUGAAUCGAACAGUUCGACGUUGAAACGAAUUUUGUUCUCGUUAAUAAUACGCAUCAAGAGGAUUCAAUUGACCGCCACGACUCCAACAAACUCGGCGGUACGAUUGGAGACCGGCGCGGUGGAGUUUCAAUUGUCGAACAGAGUGCAAAACGUCUCCGGCGCUACUCAACCAAAUCCCUACAUGAAGCUGUUCGGCAAAGCGCAAGUCGACAUCAACCUAAGCCUGGGACAGUUACUGAAGAACGUCUUGUUUGAAGAAGUCGAGCCCGAGUUCCAGCAGUUCGCCUUCUUCAACACCAGAAUAGGACUACGAAAUGCGUUUCAAGAGGAGAUGGCUCAAGGCGAGGACAAGGAAGUGGUUUUGAUCACUCUGAAACGUCCGUUGAUCUACAUACAACCGAUGGCCAUCGACAAAGCCAUACUCGUUUGGCUGAAUUACAAGAACGCGUACGAGUACUGGAACGAGAAGCGAUCCAAUUUGAAUAAAGAGGUACUGACCGCCACUCAGCAGGUAUUCGAGAAGGUUCCGUUUGGCCAAUUGACGAGUCAGCUCAGCGCACCUCACCUGGGCACGUUGUUCUUGCAAUUGACCGUCGACGAUAUGGGCAUCUGUUUGCCGCUUAAUCCCUUGCCACCGAAUAAUUGGAGACUCAACCGAGGUCUCUACGAUGGAGAAUCGCGAGGUGCAGUCGUGGUGACGCUGGAAAAUACGAGCAUAUCCGCGUGCAGUAGCGGUAGUUUAGUCAGCAAAGGAAGAUUUGUCGGCUUGUGCUUGAGAUUCGCGGAAGAUUUCGAGACCUCUCUAGAUGACUGGAAGCCAGAUAUGACUGAUAGCAAUAUAAUGAAUUUAUGCGUAGUAUCGGAAGGCACUUACGAAGUGUGCAGCAGGACUAUCGCGCAGAAACAAGACAAGUCUGAUAAUGCCAAGUGGAUUUUAAACGUUCAAUGGCAAAUGGAGGGAGUUGAUAUUCAUCUCGACGUCAGUGUGGGACAACAGUUGUCGGCUCUUGGGCAUACGUUAACAAUGUUAACCGGGUCCGAAGAGGAAGACGACAUACAUGUGCCUCCGGAUUACGACAGCGACGACGCGGAUCAGCCAGAUAAUAGCACUAGCCAGGAAAGCAUAUUGAUGAAGAAGUCGAAGAAUUGGACCGACAGUCUCCCAGCGUUCAUCUUCGAUCCUACUCUCGACGCGAAGAAGAGAUCGAAACUGAUAGAGAAGGAAAUGAACGAACAGGCUAAAAUUAUCAACGACCUGCGAAUAUUGGGCGCUUCGCAUGGAACGAUCGAGCAAGAAAUGAAACGUCUGCACGAGUUGGAAGCGAUGGUGUUCAAGGAUUUCAGGAGGGAUAUGAUUCAGAAGUUGAGGAGACAGUCUGUCAAAGCAUCCGGUAUUAAGGGUAAAUUAGGUCUGGGCAGCAAAACAAGUGCGUACCGCUCGAGAUCAUUCAUCGUACCCUCGCCUACGCCGGAGCAUCAGUUGGAAAGUCCGGAAGAUAUGAAUACGGAAAUUAAUUCGGCGAAUUCGGCUAGUUAUGAAAGCAGUCCCAGGAGCGGCCCCAGUCGGUCGGCUUCCUUGCGCGUGAGGGGACUCGGUGGACCAAGGGUCACAUUCAGCGACACGCACACGAUGUGCAGGCAAUCGUCUUUACCGAGCGCCGGUUCUGAUUUGAGUUUACCGGAAGGAGAGUUAGAGUGGCCGGAGACUAUCGAGAUAGAAGGCGAGCGAGUCGAGUUGAGAAAGAAGAACAGAGACAUCAGUUGUACGUCUAGUUACGACAGUAUGGAGGGCAAUGCACCGUUGCUCGAUUCAUUCGGCAAGGAGCAAGCGUCGUCCACCUCGUCCCCGUACAUUACAUCUCAGAAGACUCAAGAGCCUAAUAUAGAUUUCGAGCUUGACGUAAAAGUUUUAAUCAACAGCGGGAAAUGCGUGUUACACACGAAAGAUGGGAGGGAAGAUGAGAUUAAACUCUUGAGCAGAAUGAAGAAAGAGAGAUCAUGUUCCGGCGGUACAUUCGAAUUUCAGCCAGGUCCUAGUAGUCCUAGUAGUAGCAGAAAACACCUAAACAGCAAGGAAAAAUCGUCGGCAACUAGCACGUCCCGAUUGAGAUAUCUGCAGCAUACAAGUGUGCCUUUAGUAGAUUUAACAAUAUUUCAUAUCCCUGGUCUAGAUGUUAAGGUUCACUAUGAGUCGAAAACUCUCCCGGAGGAAUCACUGUCUCCACGCGUGUCCGCCGAGAACAGUCUGUUGAAUCCGAUCACAAUGACAGUGUUCAGGAAAUCCAGCACCAAGAAGGCCAGUCUGUUCGCCUGGAUGACUCUCCAGAGCAUACCGGAGGAAACAAUCAUAAGCCCUCAUAUCUUGGAGUUUCUCGAACAAACAUUAGAGCCGAUUCCGAGUAAGAACAAUUUCCAGAGCAGCGCACAGACGAACGCUGGCUUUCUGCUGGAGAACAACACCGACACCUCGUGGGCUGCCACUGCUGCGAGCAGUAAUUACGUUUACGCUAGUUUUCCGGUUGAUGUUAUAGUGUAUUUCCACAUGCAGCCGUCUACGUUCAGAUUCUCGUGCUUGCCGGUGUCACGAGUGGAAUGCAUGCUGCAGUUGCCAUCCCUCGAUAUUGUGUUCUCGUCCAAGCGGGCUGAGGAGGAGCUAAUAGAGUUUCGAGAGUUCAAGUCGAUGAACGCGCAAACAACAGGAAAAGAAGGCGGCGGCUCAGCUAUCGGUGGGUUGUCCGUCACAGGUUGUCUGGCGGACUUCUCCGUUUAUAUCUUUCACCCGUACGGCGGCGGCAAGAAAACGGGCCUGAAGGAAGCGCAAUGGUCGCCUCUGUCGGACAGCGAAAGAAAGGACUCGUUGAGCAUCAACGUGGAAUUCGUGAAAUUUCACUUAUCGAGAAGCAGAAAGCUCAAUUUCCAAAGCGAGCAGCUCAAGAAGCUUUCCGACACCAGUCGUGCCGUCAUACGGUUUUCAACUAUCAUUGACAUUGGAUCCGCCUCCUUCAAGUACGAUAUGCGUCGACUGACGGAGAUUUUGGCCUUUCCGAAGGCCUGGUAUCGACGCAGCAUAGUGAGACGCUUAUUUCUCGGAGACCUGAGUUCCGGUGCCUUGUAUUCAGAAGGAGACGGCAGCCCGCCGUUGAAUCAAGAGGAGCAUCAGGCAGUCAUGGGCAGCUCGCUGUUGAAACAUUACGAUAGGCACGUGUGCGAUCCACUGUCCAAGAGCGCGCCUGAAAGGAGUCCCGUGUUGAACAGGGACAAAUUGAAAUUAAGCUUGGAGAAUGACGCACCGAGACCCACGCGAUUGAAAGAUAUCGGGAGAGGAUGGAGUUUCACUACGGACAAGCAGACAUCGUCUGAGGUCAAGCUGAGGGAGUCCGCGUGGGAGACGUUGGUGCUGUUCGCGGUGAAUUUUACACGCUUGAACGUACAUAUGAACAUGGGCAAUGUGAUGGGUAACGUCAGCUGGAUGACGAAAGACUUCAGGUCGGAUGGGAGACUGUCUAUCGGCAGCACAGGUCAUAAAAAUCUGUACAUUGGCAUCGGUCUAGGGGGAUCGAGCUUGGACGCGAAAGGUGGUAUCGUUGGUGGAAUCAUCGAGUUGAGCAGAAUCGAUACUUACAUACAUAUCCGAGAAGAGCCCGGAAUAGAACCUGACCACACUGUGGGAUUGAAGCUGUUCGCGUUGGAAUUACGACUGGACUACAUGGGGACGAGCGUUUUGAUGUCUCGGGUGUCUUCAUUGGACGUUACUCUGAGGGACGAAUGGAAGAUCAAUCGUAACAGCGGUGGAGAUGCUUUUAUGCCGACAAGAAGGCCGGCGGUCAUUUUCAUGCACGGAGACCUGGGUUGGGAUCAGCUGCAGAUUAUGAUCAGCAAGUCGACCACAGCCGACCUAUUGAAGAUGUUUUACAAGCUCGACGAGUUCUUCAGCCAACAAUUCAAAAGUAGCAAACGUGUGUUCAGCUCGUUGCAACCAAAGCAUCAGAGAAUAAAUAGCAGCAGCUUCAAAAAAAGGCAACAAAAGAAGAGAUCCGCCGCUGAUGGCCCAUGGGGUUUAAACCAGACUGCGAUAUCCGACGCUAGACACCAUAGACACUGGCAAAGAGUGUUAGCUCAAGUAGCCGGUCUUCAAUUAGGAAGCUUAAGAUUUUCCCUACCGUCAACCGGUACCGUCCUUGGUGGUACAAUGGAGCUACACGGCUCCAACAUUAGCUUAGCCUGUUUUCACGGGAUUAAUUUUAAGAGCAAGAGCUGGGCUCUGUUCUCGCUGAAGGAGCCUUGUAUCAGUUUCGCUACAGAGGCACAGGAGAUCCCAAGUGUUGAGACACCCAACACGUGCGACGUACAUGUCGUGCAGACUUUAACCAUCAGCCUGGGCCAUCAGCAAGAACAGCACGCGCGGCAUCAUUCCAUGGCAACCGUCUGUAGAUUAAGUCGAAGUGUUCUAUUUCCACCUCAGUUCAAAUCUCUGCAGGAAUGGUUCCAUUAUGCUUUCGCUAGUAGUGAGAUCGACGCGGUCGACAGAUUUCCGUGUGUCGAGAGAGACAGAGUGGACAAUACGGCCGACGCUGCUAACGCAACGCGCGGCAGAAGCACGUCCGCGACGUCCAGUAAGCUGCAGGAACAUUCGCACACGCGAGAGGUGAUAUUCGCCCUGCCGUCGAUGCAAUUACAUUUGAAAACUGAACACCUGCAAACCGCCAGGACACCGGACGUCAUAGGACUUCCUAAGCAUAUUUUAUAUAGUGAGAAACCGUUGGUCGAGUGCAGUUUCAUAACAGAAUUCGAGGAUCACAUUUUCGUUACCGUUGACGCUGAGGCCUUUUUCUUCCUGCACGAUCUCAUCACAUCGUAUGUGAAAGAGAAGGAAAGAGUGCACACGAUGCAGAGCAUGAGCGCCAGAGCGCACAGUCCUGACCCGCAGGACAGGAAGAGUGCAAGCUCGAGUACCGCCAAUGCGUCCAACGUGACCGUCACCUCCGAAGACGAGAAGAAACGCAAGCAAUUCGAUCCUGCUGAGAUGUUCAUCAAGGACUGGCGAUCGUACAGGUGCAAGACGUGGCACCUGGAGCCGACGGUGAGACUGCUCUCGUGGGCUGGAAAGAGCAUAGAACCUUACGGCAUAGAUUAUAUCCUCCAAAAACUGGGGUUCUCUCACGCACGCACGACGAUACCAAAAUGGAUACAACGAGGAUUCAUGGAUCCUUUAGACAAAUUGCUGGCCGUUCUUAUGUUAAGGAUGGUACUAGCUGUUCGCGAGGAAUCAUCGGACGAACAAAGAGAAUACAAACGGGAGAAAUAAUACCAGAUUUUUUUUUCACAGAAGCAUCGAAUGUAUAUGAUAAUGAUCUCGUGGUAUACGUAUCCGUUUCGAAUAUUUUAUGCGCAUUAAGUAUUAUAACAGUGCAAUAACUGAUUUAAAAAAAGAGAGAGACAGAGAGAGAGUGAGAGAGAGAGAGAGACAGACAUGCUACUUAAGGUGUGAUAACAUCUAUGCAUAAAGUAACAUUAGAUUUACAUGUAAAUUUUUGUUUUUGUAUCGUUUAAAAUAGAGAAAAUAGGACUUUGGGAAGUAGUCGAUAAUAGUAACUUACUGGAGAAAGGGAAAGAGAGAACCGUAGUGGUUGAUGAUAAAUCGUUCUUGAUGAAAGAACUAUGAGGCUUAUAUUUGUAAAACUGAUAUUCUUCAGAUUACGACGUUUUUUCAAUAGAGUCUUGUAAGAAGUUGUAAUUAACACCACGUGACGAAGAGAGAGGUAUACGUAUUCAAGUGACUGUAUAUUGCCGACACAACGCGUGUUGUUUGUUAGAUAUUUUACGCUUCUUCUCAAUCGAAGGUGAUGUUAUAAUUUCGAUAUAUUUUAAUUGCAACACUGCUGUUAUAUUAAUAGCGUUUCAGAGCCCGUCAAUAUGCAGCUGAUACACAAUUAAUCGCUCGCAUUUCGUCUGCUCGAGAAAGGUAUUGCCUUUUUUUUACGUUACAACUUAUAUGGCGUGACGGUAUAUAAUUUUCCUAUACGAAUGUAGAACAUAUUCUAAAGACAAUUUUCUAUGUGCAAAUAUAGAUAAAAAUACAUUAUACAUUUUUGUCGUUAAGUAGUAGGACAAUAAUUCACAAUUACGGGGACAGUUUUAUGUGACUGUGUUGUAUCGUUUUACUCUAUCGCGCUGUAUACAUGCCGUUUAAUCUGCCGUUGUUCAUAAUAUAGGUAUGAAUUUGUAAAUUAUAUUAAAUUUUAUAUGUCGAUUGUAUAUAUUCCUUUCCGAGUAUCCAUCCAACAUAAAGUGUGAUCGAUGAUUCUUUCUUCUGUAUCUGUUGUACACAUUAUGUAUAAUACUAUUUGCUACGGUUUAUUCGCUUAUUCGAACGUUUUUUUUUUUUUUUGCAAACUUUUGAAUACAGCUUAGAUAUACAUAAGCAGAUUUCUGACGCGCCUUUGUGAUCAUUGUCGAUCAUGACAGAGUAAUCUAGAAUAAUCUAUUAUUUCUUUAGAUAAUGUAAAAAGAGUUUUAUACCGAUAUGUAAAUAUGUGAGAUGGUAAUGGAAGUGAGUUAAAUCUAAUUUAGCACCGUCAAUAGUAUAAAUAUUCUGGGGCAUACGUGUAGAUACAUUCUUUUCAGAUUUUAAACUUUUGUUGCUUCAUCAACAGCAAUAUGUACUGAACGUGUAUUUACCGAUACUGGAAUAAAUGUGCGUUUGUAACUAGU